AUGGUAAAGGUUAAGCGGUUUUCAGACCCACUCAAGUCACCACCUCAAAUAGUAGGUACAACUCAUCCUCCACCUCAAGCUCAACCUCAUGCCACACUUCAAACUCAAUCUCCAACUCAAUAUCAAGCUCCUUCUUUACGGCCUUCACCUCUGGCCCAAUGUCCAACACAUAUCCCAAGUCAUCCUCCAACUCAAACCCAACUUCAUUCUACACUUCAAACUCAAGUUCUAGCUCAUUCUUCACAUCAUAUUCAAGAUCCAACUCAAACUAAAGCUCCAAUACAUAGUCCAACAUAUACUACACCGAUCGUUUUAUCGCCAACUCUUGAAGUUCCACAACAAUCUCAAGAAUCAAGGCAAUGUGUUGGACGGGAGUCCACACAAUAUUGGAGUGUUGAAUCAAUAGAUUUAGGAGGAGUUAUUAAGAAGAUUAAAACCACAAAAGAUCAAGUAAAUAACUUAUCUAUUGGAGAACGUGUAAUUGUGCACUUUGAUGACCAAGGUGCUACAUAUGGCGAAGCACAAGGCUUGCUUGCUGGAUAUUGUGGAAUAUUAGCAAUUGAUGGUAACUUGUUUCCAAUAAGUUUUGGUAGAUGGUCUGGACCACCACCAUCAGGCAUGCCAAAAUGUUAUUUUGAAGAUUGCUUUAAAACAGACAUAAAGCCUCGAUUUUGUUUUAGGACUACUGAAGCUCUUGCAGAGCGAUAUUGUCGGCUCAGCAUUGGGAAAAAGUGGGCUUCCCAUAGGCAAAGAUUAUGGGAUGAAUUCUAUAAUCCAACCUUAACAAGAGAUGAAAUUGUAUCUAAUGUACCACUCGGUGUAGAUAAAACUCAAUGGGAUUUAUUUGUCAACUAUCGUCUAAAACCAUCUACGAAGGAGACUUGUCGCAGAAAUAAGGAAAUACGUAGUAAGAAAGUGGUUCCUCAUACCGGUGGUUCUAAACCACUCUCACGAAAAAGACAUGAAGUGUUUUUACAAGUUGGAAUACAACGCAGUCGUGGACAAUUAUAUAUUGAAAUCCAUAAGAAAAAGGAUGAGUCAGUUGUAAAUCAUGCAGCAAAAACUUUAGUGGAAGAAAUUGAAGUGAGUUUGACUCAAAGCACUAAUGAUGAAUCUAUAGUUUCUCCUAAUGAUGUUAUUGGUAAAAUUUUGGGGCCUGAGCAUCCUGGAAGAGUACGAUGUUUAGGUAUGGGAGCAACACCUAGUUAUACAUUUAGAAAUACCAGAUUUCGACUUUCAGACUCAGGAGCAUUUAAAGCUUAUAUAAUAAUGAAAGAAGGAAGGAUCCCUAAUGAAUUAGUUGGUGUCUUUGGUCCAUCAAAUCCAGCCAAUGUCGCAGGUGAGUCAGAUUCAUCAAAGAAUGUAACGGAACCUAAUUCACCAAUGGAUGCAAGUGACUCUGAUUUACCAAUAGAUGCAAGAGAAAUGUCUAGUGCUAGCAACAUUUGA